AUGGUGCAGAAAUUGGACCAGAAGUUGCCAGUUGCUAAUGAAUAUCUGUUACUUUCUGGAGGUGUCCGUGAAGGAGUUGUGGACUUAGAACUUGAUGAAUUAAAUGUUUAUGCACGUGGUACAGACUAUGACAUGGAUUUUACUCUUCUGGUGCCAGCUUUAAAACUCCAUGACCGGAAUCAACCUGUAACACUGGAUAUGCGCCAUUCUGCACUGUGCCAUUCUUGGCUGAGUCUUCGUUUGUUUGAUGAAGGUACUAUAACAAAGUGGAAAGACUGUUGCACAAUAGUAGAACAUAUUAAUGGGGCUACAAACUACUUCUUUUCACCUACAAAAGUUGCCGAUUGGUUCUAUGAAUCAAUAAGCAUUGUUCUCUCUGAAAUUCAAAAAAAGCCUCAACGUGGAAUGCCUAAAGUUGAAAAAGUUGAGAAGAAUGGCACUAUAAUUUCCAUUAUAUUAGGAGUUGGUAGCAGUCGCAUGAUGUAUGAUAUUGUUCCCGUGGUUUCUUUCAAAGGUUGGCCAGCAGUUGCUCAGAGUUGGCUUAUGGAAAACCAUUUUUGGGAUGGGAAGAUUACAGAAGAGGAGGUCAUUAGUGGAUUUUAUUUAGUACCAGCAUGUUCAUUUAAAGGUAAAAAAGAUAAUGAAUGGAGGUUGUCAUUUGCUAGAAGUGAAGUGCAGCUAAAAAAGUGCAUCUCGAGUAGUUUAAUGCAGGCCUAUCAAGCUUGUAAAGCCAUAAUCAUUAAGCUUUUAUCAAGACCAAAAGCUAUUAGCCCAUACCAUCUCCGGAGUAUGAUGCUUUGGGCCUGUGAUACAGCUAAUUACCUAGCUCAAGAAGAUUAUGCAGCCCAUUUCCUUUUGGGACUUAUUGAUGAUCUACAAAAUUGCUUAGUUAACAAAAUGUGCACUAAUUACUUCAUUCCACAGUGUAAUAUGCUAGAGCACCUUUCAGAGGAAACCGUCAUGCUACACGCCAGAAAGUUGUCUUCUGUAAGAUCAGAUCCUACAGAACACCUCCGGACGGCUAUAGAGCACGUCAAGGCAGCUAAUCGGCUAACAUUAGACCUCCAGAGGAGGGGGAGCACUACAAGUAUACCAUCGCCACAGUCUGAUGGAGGUGAUAACAACCAGCCAGAUGAUCGAUUAGUCAAAAAAUUGCAGCAGCUAGUGACUGAGAAUCCAGGAAAGUCCAUAUCUGUCUUCAUUAAUCCUGAUGAUGUUACCAGACCUCACUUCAGAAUUGAUGACAAAUUUUUCUGAGACUUGUCAGCUUCUUUUAAGACUUGAUGUGUAGUCUGUGUAAUGUCUUGUUUUUACAUAUCCAGCAUAGAUUGGAUUUGUCAAGAACAAUAUGAACUACUUAAUCCUGAUUUUCAGGACAUUGCAUAUUUUGAAACAGUAUAUUACUAUUUCAUAUGCUGCUUUGUCAGUUUUUAGUUUUAAGGGAGAACAUGAGCCUUAAUUCCUAUGUUCUGUUUAUUUAAUUUGCCUACCUAUGUUAACCAUUCAUGUUUGUUUAAAAUAAAAUUAUUACAUGGUCUUCCAUCAUGUGACAAAGAAUUUAUUUUGAAAUAGAGGACUUUCAUAAUGAAGCUUCUUUUGCCUAUGAAAUAUGCUGUUGAUUGGUUUAAAAAAGUAAAACUGUUCUUUUGCUACAUGUUUAUGAUAUAAUAUUGCAUGGUAAAGUUUUAUAGGGUACGCUAGCUAGCAACAGUCUACUGUUCUGAAACAAACUCGAGUUAUAUAAAGUGAAUGUUUUAUCAAUUAACUUGUAGAUUCUAUCAGUUGUCAUUUUGAAUCCAAAGAUGUUUUUUCUGGAAAAAAAGGUCAUGGACCACAUCCAUAAGCGGAGGGCUUUACAAGGUAUCCAGUGCUCUAGAAAUAAUCUUUAUGUAAAAUUGUAAAUUUUGUUUAAAGAUGCUGGUAACCAUAUCUUAAUACAUUUCAUAAAUAACGUACAUGAGACAGUAGUUCUUUAAAGCUAUCCAAACAAUCCUGCCAACUUAUUUGUUUGUAAUAAUUCAUGAUUCUCAGAGUAAAAGGCACACAAGACAAUAUCAGCCACCAACAUAUUAAUAUACAUCAUUAGUAAAUACUUCCAUGUGUAUGUUUCUUCACAUGGAAUCUACUGCAUACAUGUUUACUGGCUGAUUAUUCUUGUAUAACCCAAUAAGUGCCUGAUAACUUGCUCAGGGAAUGCCCUGGGUAACUGACUUAAAUUAGAGGUAUUCAGUAUAUCCAUGAGCAAGUUGUUGUUAGUUAUUUGCUUGGGCCAGGAUGUAUUACUAAGCAAGCCCUUCUAGGUGAAUUUACUUCUACCUUUUGAGAAGUAAUGUAAAGGGAAGAAGGUUAAACAGGGUUAUUCAGAGAGCUUUAAAUAGCUUAUUCUCUAUUUUCUUGAGUAUUUUGUCCUCUGUCAAACGCAUUGCCAAAUUGCAUUUGCUACAGCUUCAUUCGCUACCCCUUUGUGAGCCCAGACCAGUUAAAUAAGAAAUGUGGGGGAUAUCUUUGUUAUAUCUAAAUACUAUAAAGAAAUGUAAAAUAUUUCUAUAAGACGCUGGAUAUGCUGAUACAUUAUAAGAUCAACUUAACUAUACCUGGACAUUUGUUGUGUGAAACCUGUCU